CUGCUACGGCUUUCCCUUCAAACUUUCCUCUUAGAUUCUCAUUUCUCUCACCAGAAGCAAACCACAGAGAGCAGAAUCCAAAAAAAUGCCCAAGAAAUGGAAGCGAGUCGGAAUCCCUAGCUGUUCAAUCUGCCGAAUUCAAUACGACGAGGAUUCUCGAGCUCCUCUUCUUCUCCAAUGCGGCCACACCUUCUGCAAACACUGCCUCUCUCAAAUUAUUGCUCCAACUCCACCUAAACCAUCUCUCACGUGUCCGAAGUGCCGCCAUGUGUCUACCGUCGGCAAUUCUGUGCUCUCUCUUCCAAAGAAUUUCGCUAUACUACCUAUGAUCUCUCCGGCCUCGGUUUCUCACUCUGCUGAGGUUAGCGAUAGCGACGACGACGACGAUGAUGCUGGAGCCGAUGAGGAAGGGGGCGACGGGUCUGACCGGGGGCGGAGGAGUUCCGGCUGCCAUGGGUGCGGAGCGGGGUUUGGGGACCAUGAAUUGAAGUUGGUGAGGAAGAUCGAUGGAGGUAAGAGGGAGGAGAUGGAGCUUUGGUCCGGUUGGUUGAGGUCUAGAGUCGGUGGGUGUCGGCACAGAGUGAUGGUGAGACGGGUGAGAAUAGGUAAUGUUGGGGAUUUGGAUUGGGUGGAGAAGCAGCUGGAGAAGCUGAGGCGUGCGUCGAUGUGGUGCAGGAAUGUGUGUUCCUUUCUCGGAGUGCUAAAGGUGGAGGGUUAUCUUUGCAUUGUUAUGGAGGGGUUCCCUGGGUCGGUUCAGUCGGAGAUGCAGCGGAGUGGCGGCCGCCUUACUCUCGAGCAAAUCCUCAGAUUUGGAGCAGACAUUGCACGAGCAGUAGUUGAACUGCAUGCAGCUGAUGUGUUGUGUAUGAAUUUGAAACCAUCCAAUUUUCUCUUGGAUGCAAAUGGACAUGCUGUGGUUUCCGAUUAUGGGCUUCCAUUGAUUUUGAAAAAACCUUGUCAUAGAGCAGGCAUUUUCCCACCAGAACACGAGUCAUCAAAACAGCAUUGGUGUUUGGAGUGCCUGUUUUUGAGUCCGCACUAUAGAUCGCCAGAGGCAUGGGAGCCUUUGAAGAGACCAUUGCAUUUGUUUAGGGAUGAUGGUAUUGGCAUAUCCACGCAAUCUGAUGUGUGGAGCUUUGGCUGUGCCCUUGUUGAAAUGUGCACUGGUUCCACCCCGUGGGCUAGUCUGAGUGCAGAAGAAAUUUACCGUGCUGUUGUCAAAGAUGGCAGGCUACCUCCACAGUAUGCAAGUAUUGUAGGAGUUGGCAUUCCUGGAGAAUUAUGGAAGAUGAUUGGCGAGUGCCUACAGUACAAGCCACUGAAAAGACCAACUUUCCAUGCAAUGCUUGCCAUAUUUCUUAGACAUCUACAAGGGAUUCACCGAUCCCCUACUAGACCUACUGCCAAGGUGGCAAGUUCUCCUCAUAUUGAUAGGUUGGAACAAUCCCCUACCUCUGUCUUGGACAUUCUUCAGGUCAAAAGCAACCAUCUUCAUCAACUUGUAUCUGAAGGGGAUGUUAAUGGUGUCAGAGAUCUUCUUUCGAAGUCUGCAUCAGGGAACAAUAGCAGCUCCGUCAUCUCUCUGCUGGAAGCUCAUAAUUCUGAAGGUCAAACUGCUUUACACUUGGCAUGCAGACGGGGUUCUCCGGAACUGGUUGAUGCAAUCUUGGAGUAUAGCGAUGCAGAUAUAGAUUCUCCUGAUGAAAACGGGAAUCCACCAAUAGUGUUUGCUUUAGCUGUUGGAUCUGCUGAAUGUGUGCGUGCACUUAUCUGGAAAUCUGCUAAUGGUAUGUUUAGGUUGAUGGAAGGCUUUGGUCGGUCCGUUGCUCAUGUUUGUGCAUAUUAUGGGCAGCCUGAUUGUAUGCGUGAACUACUUCAGGCAGGGGCUGAUCCCAAUGCAGUUGAUGAUAAUGGUGAAUCUGUACUGCAUGUGGCCAUUUCAAAGAAAUUUACUCAUUGUGCUAUGGUCAUUAUGGAGCAUGGAGGUUGCAAAUCAAUGGGGUUUCUCAAUUCCGCAAACUUAACGCCUCUGCAUUUGUGCAUCACAACCUUAAACGUAGAUGUUGUUAAGAGAUGGGCUGAACUUGCAUUGCCUGAGGAAAUUUCUGAAGCUAUUGAUAUACCAAGUUCCGCUGGAACCGCUUUAUGCAUGGCAGCUGCUCUUAAGAAAGACCGUGAGAUAGAGGGAAGAGAACUUGUCAAAGUUCUGCUCGAGGCUAAGGCAGACCCAGCAGCCCAAGAACCCCAACAAUGUCGAACAGUUCUGCAUACAGCUGCCAUGGCUAAUGAUAUUGAGUUGGUGAAGAUUAUUCUUGAUGCUGGAGUGGAUGUAAAUAUCAGAAACAUGCACAACACAAUACCUCUUCAUUUGGCACUGGCAAGAGGUGCAAAACCAUGUGUUCAAUUACUCUUGUCUGCUGGAGCAAACUGUAAUUUACAGGACGACGAUGGUGACAAUGCCUUCCAUAUAGCAGCAGAUGCAGCAAAGUUCAUACGCGAAUGUCUUGAUUGCAUUUUAUUGAUAUUAAAAUAUCCAGGUGCUGCUAUUGGCGUAAGAACUCACAGUGGCAAGACAUUUUGUGACUUGUUGGAAGCCCUACCUCGGGAAUGGAUUUUUGAAGAGCUUAUGGAUGCACUAGCAGAGAAGGGUAUUCGUUUGUCCCCAACAAUAUUUCAAGUGGGCGAUUGGGUGAAAUUCAAAAGAUGUGUGGCAAAUCCUGCAUAUGGUUGGCAAGGUGCAGGGCCCAGGAGUGUUGGAUUUGUGCAGGGUUCCCAAAGUAGUGGUGGUCUUUCUGUAUCAUUUUGCUCUGGUGUUGCACAUGUUUUGGCAGAUGAGAUUAUCAAAGUUAUUCCUAUGGAUAGGGGACAGCUGGUGCAACUUAAACCUGACGUGAGAGAGCCAAGGUUUAAGUUGCUUGGACAAUCACGUGACAGCAUUGGAACUGUCUUGUGCAUCGAUGAUGAAGAAGGAAUUAUACGAAUUGGAUUUACUGGUGCAUCAAGAGGAUGGCAAGCUGACCCUGCAGAUUUUCAAAGACUUCAAGAAUUCAAAGUUGGUGAUUGGAUCCGUGUACGUUAUACUGUGCCUGCUGCGAGACAUGGCUUUGAAGCUGUAUCUCCAGGGAGUAUUGGUGUUGUGUAUGGUAUCAGGCCAGACAGUAGUUUGCUGAUAGAAUUCUGCUAUUUGCCUAGCCCUUGGCUUUGUGAACCAGAGGAGAUUGAACCUGUUGUCCCCUUCAAGAUUGGAGACCAAGUAUGCGUUAAACGCUCUAUAUCUGAACCUAGGUUCCCUUGGGAUGGCGAGACACAUAACAGCGUUGGAAAAGUCGGUGAUAUUGAAAGUAAUGGUCUCUUAUUAAUUGAUUUACCAAAUCGGCAUGGACCAUGGAAAGUAGAUCCAUCUGACAUGGAGAAGGUGGACAAAUAUAAGGUCGGUGAUUGGGUUAGGGUGAAAGCAUCGGUGCCCUCUCCAAAAUACGGGUGGGAUGAUGUUCCUCGAAGCAGCAUUGGAAUAAUUUUUGCCUUAGAAGAGGAUGGAGAUGUAGAUGUAGCAUUUUGCUUCAGGAGUAAAACUUUUCCUUGCUCCGUUACAGACAUCGAGAAAGUGCCACCUUUUGAAGUGGGACAAGAGGUACACAUCCUGCCGUCUGUUACUCAGCCAUUACUUGGGUGGUCAGAUGAAACCCCAGCCUCUUCAGGAAAACUGGAAAGAGUUGAUAUGGAUGGUACUCUAAAUGUGAGAGUAUUUGGAAAGAAAAAAUUAUGGAGAAUCGCUCCGGGCGAUGCAGAAAAACUAUCAGGAUUGGAAGUGGGUGAUUGGGUCAGAAUGAAGCAGUGUUUAGGAACAAAAUCAAAUUAUGAAUCCAACUAUACUGGGAAGGAAAAUAUAGCGGUAGUUUACAGUAUACAAGAUUAUUGUCAUUUAGAAUUGGCGUGUUGUUUUCGUGAGGGGAAAUCGUUUAUACACUACACAGAAGUCGAAAAAGUUUCUCCGAUAAAAAUUGGCCAGUAUGUGCAUUUCCGUGCUGGGUUGGCUAAGCCGAGAUGGGGGUGGAGAGGCGCUAAUCCGAAUUCAAGGGGUGUUGUGACUGCUGUAAAUGCUAAUGGAGAAAUAAGAGUUUCACUGUUUGGCUUGGCCGGAUGGUGGAGAGGAGAUCCUACAGAUUUUGAGGUAGAGCAGAUGUACGCCGUGGGAGAUUGGGUGAAACUUAAAGAUGAUACUGAUGGACGGAAAUCAUUGUCGGCUGGGAGUAUUGGCGUUGUACAAGGAUUAAGCUAUCAUGAAAAUGAAUGGGACGGUUCUGUUCUUGUAGGAUUUUGUGGAGAACCGGAGUUAUGGGUAGGACACACCUCAAAACUCGAAAAGUCAGAAAGGUUUUGUAUAGGACAGCGUGUGAAGGUGAAGUCUUCGAUACCAAACCCACGGUUCGGUUGGUCGGGCCACUCUCAUGUCAGCGUUGUUUCUAUAACAGCAAUUGAUGCAGAUGGAAAAAUUAGAGCAUCGUCUCCUGCUGCUCAAAAGCCAUGGACACUCGAUCCAUCGGAAGUUGUUCUAGUAGAGGAAGAGCAACUCAACAUUGGAGACUGGGUGAAGGUGAAGACGUCGAUUGUAAUGCCUGUUUAUCAUUGGGGGGACGUUUCCCGUCAGAGUGUCGGGGUUAUCCACAAGAUGGAGGAUGGGGAGCUUUGGGCCGCCUUCUGCUUUACGGAGCGGCUGUGGAUGUGCAAGGACUCUGAGAUGGAGAAGGUGAGACCCUUUCGAGUUGGCGACGCAGUGAGAUUUCGGGAAGGAUUAAAAAUCCCUAGAUGGGGAUGGGGAAUGGAGACACAUGCUAGUAAAGGGAAAGUAGUAGGUGUUGAUGCAAAUGGAAAAGUAAGAGUUCGUUUCAGGUGGAGGGAAGGUCGUCCUUGGAUCGGGGACCCAGCUGACCUUGUUCUUGACGAGACUAUCUGAUCUUUGAUUCAGGACCCUAAAUCAAAUGGUCUGCAUGCCAAUUCAACGCUUCGGUAGAGAAUGAUCCCCAGUCGUUUACAAGCGGGUGGAACUUUGGGAUUCCGAAGCAAUUCAUUGACUUGAGACGGGGCGUUACGCCAUGUUCAUUAGCGUGUGGAGUAUUGCACGUAAAUGCUCGGAGAAUUGUAGUUGAAGAUGAAGAUGUGAACCGUUGGCUUCAAGAAACAGUGGACCAUUGCCCCUUUUGGUGUGGCAGCAUAUCAACAAUCGGUAAGGUCUUUUUUAUAUAUCGUUAUGCUUGUAAAUAAAACUGAGAUAUAUAAAGAAAUGCUUUAGUUGAUAUAUUAUUUACAUAUGUACAUAUAAAUUUCCAGUCAUUAUAUAAUCUAUCGUUUUAGCAU